GUGCAGCAGCAGCAGUGUGUGUGGUGGUCGCAGGCGGUAGUGGAGCACUUUCUCACGUUACUGUGAGGCGCCGCUGCUCGCCGCUCUGCGUCCUCCUGACAUGGCUUCAGUGUACACCUUGAGCAAGGAUGAUGUGAACUACAGGAUGCAUUUCCGAAUGAUAAACGAGCAGCAGGUCGAGGAUAUCACCAUCGAGUUCUUCUACAGGCCGCACACGAUAACGCUGCUGACAUGCACGGUGCUCAGCCUGAUGUAUUUCGCGUUCGCGAGAGAUGAUGGAAAUCCCAACAAUAAUCUUUGGGUGGGGCUCAUCCUGGUCAUCUCCUUCUUUCUUGUCAUCAGUGUUUUGGCAUUUCCCAACGGUCCAUUCACUAGACCACACCCAGCAAUAUGGCGAAUAGUUUUUGGUCUGAGUGUCCUCUACUUCCUGUUCCUGGUGUUAAUCAUCUUCCUCAACUGGCAACAAGUGAAGCAGCUAAUGUAUUGGCUGGACCCAAACCUGCGUUAUGCCAAGAGAGAGGCAGACAUAAUGGACUAUGCGGUGAACUGCCAUGUCAUCACCUGGGAGAGAAUCCUGAGCCAUUUUGACAUUUUUGCAUUUAGCCAUUUCUGGGGCUGGGGUAUGAAGGCCCUGCUGAUUCGAAGCUAUGGCCUCUGCUGGACCAUCAGUAUUACAUGGGAGCUUACUGAGCUAUUUUUCAUGCAUCUGCUGCCUAACUUCGCUGAGUGCUGGUGGGACCAGGUGAUUCUGGACAUUCUGCUGUGUAAUGGAGGGGGCAUCUGGCUUGGCAUGACUGUCUGUCGCUUUUUGGAGAUGAGGACCUACCACUGGGCCAGUAUUAAGGACAUCCACACCACCACGGGGAAGAUCAAGCGAGCCGCGUUGCAGUUCACCCCCGCGAGCUGGACCUACGUACGCUGGCUUGACCCAAAGUCUUCCCUGCAGCGAGUGAUGGGCGUCUAUCUGUUCAUGAUUAUCUGGCAGCUAACAGAGUUGAACACAUUCUUCCUCAAGCACAUCUUCAUCUUCCCUGCAAGCCAUGCUCUUAGCUGGUGUCGGAUCCUGUUUGUUGGUAUCAUCACAGCUCCAACAGUGAGGCAGUAUUAUGCGUACCUCACAGACACCCAGUGCAAGAGAGUUGGGACGCAGUGCUGGGUAUUUGGGGCAAUCGCUUUUCUGGAGGCCUUGGCGUGUAUUAAGUUUGGACAGGACUUGUUCUCAAAAACCCAGAUCCUCUAUGUGAUCCUCUGGCUGCUGUGUUUGGCCUUCAUUACAUUCCUGUGCCUGUUUGGAAUGGUGUCGUGUGCUGAAAAUUAUGGUCCAAGAAGAAAGAACCUCUCAGAAUGUGAAGACAGUAAUUACCCUGAAUAUGCUGACCAUGUGUCAGGCGUCUAUAAAGUGUUUGACCCUCGUUUUUCAGAAGAGACAGAUGUGGACGACGACGACGACGAGGAGGAGGAGGUCAGCCCUCCGACCCGGCGCAGAGGGAAGGGCUCCGAAAAAACCAAAUCCAUCAAUGGCCUGGACAGCCAGUAGGAGUUGGAGCCAGAGGCUGGUGUGCGACUCCUGAACUCACUCCAGGGAGCCAGGUGUGAAGGAUCACAGGUUGAAAAAGGGGGUAAAGAUACAAUCACUUCCUGGUGUAAUUAAAGUCAAAAGCCCCUCACUACCGUAGAGGGAGUGGAGACAGGAGAGGCGAAGUGGAUGAACAGGCCCAUGCAGUGUUUAUUAGGAGUGCACAGGGGCUUGGACUAGAGAUACACACUUAACUGUGUGCUGUAGUCACACAAAACUCCUAAACCACUCAUCACAGGUUUUUGUGUGUGUGAAGAGAGCGAGAGAGAGAGAGAGAGCGUGGUUGUGUGUUUGUGAGAAAGAGGUGGCAAUAAAAACUGCCAAUUGUAGACUGCAUGAUCAUUGUAGCUGAUAAACUAUAAUUUACAAUUAUUCUACGAUACAGUAUAUCAUUAAUGGUCAUAGUACAUUUGACUGGUUUACACCAGCCUCAACUCGUAUGUUGGUUCAACACAUUUCAAUGUUAAAAGCCAUUAUCUAGACAUGAUCACAUUAAUUGAAGCCUCUAUGUUUAUAACUUGAAUGUGGGCAGGAUUUUAAUGCAAGACUGCUUUAGCUUGGCAGGAUCCUUGACUGAGGAUUGUGUUUGACCUGGAACAAAGCAAAGCACACAGUUUAAGCACUUUUCAGAAUGUUUUCUUGCAAAUACUGUACAUUUUGUAAUGCUUGAGUAUUUUGUGAAUCAUUGUGACCUUGAGUGAUUUUACUCUCUGUCCAUCUGUGGCUGCUAUCUUCUUCUUUUUUUGUUCUCUCUCUACUGAUAAUGGAGGGCAAUUAUUCAAAUUCCUGCAUGUGUUGUCUGGUUCUACCUGUCGAAGUGCAGGUGUGUUUUUGUUUUACUGUCGACCUUCUUGGUAUGGCAUAUAUUGCAUUUGCAUGGCUGUGUCAAAUCAAAUGUUUUAGUAGGAACAUGUUAGAGUAGCGAAGAGAUCUCCGUAUGACACCAGACACCAGGGCGCUAGUAUUGUUAUUUUUAGGUCUUUCACUGUCAUCGAAACAUUUCAAUUCACCCCUUGUGCCUGUUUGCAUGUUCUUUUUUUAUUUUUAUUCUCAACUUUUCUCAGUUUGUAUUACAACUAAAUGUUUGCUUUUUGUGUUUUUGAUUCUUCUGCUCUCAAGUGCUUUCUUGAACGUUUAUUUUCAUUUGCUCUGUCGGCAUCAACUCAGUACAGAUAUAUCCCUCUUAAUCCUCGACAAUCCAGACGUUGACCUCUGUGGAAUGGACCAGACCCUGCUACAGUAGACACAAUCAAUGGUACAUUGUCUCUGGACUUAGAUGUCAUUUGCCAAAAACAAUUCUGAUUUAAAAACGGCUGUUCUUUUUCACUGUGAAAUAAUGAAACAUAAUAAAAUGUUUUACAUUUACUCUUAAA